UUUCGCAUUAGUGUGGUCCGCGUUUGUAGAGAAAAGUUACGUGAUAUAACAUAAGGCAUAAGAUACAUACAGAACUAUAAUCUAUCUAUAAGUAUGACCACAUAGAGCGUAUAUUAGUAAAUUCUUUGUAAGUACAUACGAACUACAAUUGACCCGGCUACCGGAUUCCAUGUUCUGUAUUCCAAGGGUUAAUCUGUUUUAAUUAUGUAAGUGAAUCAUCUAGACUAACCAGGGAAAUGUUAUAUUAGAUCUGUCAAAUGUAUGAUAUAUUGUUGCAUGAAGAAAACAAUCAUUACACUACGAUUACCUAAGUUUUAUCAACACAAAGAUGAAUUGACAAUAUUUUAAACUGAUAUCUCCAAGUGUUUCUGGUCACAACGUUGUGGUAGGAGGAACCUCUGCGUUUUCUUGAACGUGGAAGUUAAAGAUUAUAUCUCGAUACAAGUCGGAAGAAAUCGGAUUCACUCAAUUUUGCGCAAAAUUUUGUUUCGAGUGUCAAAUUUAAAUAGAAAAAAAGCCUAUAUUAAUUAACCUGCACAAUUAUGGGAUUAUUGUCCGAAGGAAGCCCUUUAAGCUGGGAAGAAACGAAAAAUCUCGCUGAUCAUGUACGAAAGCAUGGGAUUAUUCAAUUUAUUAACCUAUACAAAAGGCUCAGGGAUCGCCAGGGUGAUAUACUCAAAUGGGGUGAUGAGGUUGAAUAUAUGCUUGUUAAAUUUGAUGAUGAAGCAAAAACUGCAAAACUUAGUUUAAGAGCUGCAGAAAUAUUAAAAACUUUAAAUGAAAAAGAAUAUAAUGAUCCAGACAAUAUUAAAUCAUUAUGGAGACCUGAAUAUGGUGCUUAUAUGUUAGAAGGAACACCAGGAAAACCAUAUGGUGGCUUAUUAGUUCAUUUUAAUGUUGUUGAAGCUAAUAUGAAGUACAGGAGACAAGAAGCUUCAAAAUUACUGGAACCCAAUGAAGUUUUAAUGUCUUUAACUAAUUUUCCUAGAACAGGAGCGCAUGAUUUCACAGAUCCUCCUACACACCCCACUCCAAACUCUGGGUCUUCGAAAAGUUUAUUUUUCCCAGAUGAAGCUAUAUAUCCAGGACAUCCACGAUUUAAAACAUUGACAAGAAAUAUAAGACAACGACGGGGAGAAAAAGUUGCUAUAAACAUUCCUAUUUAUAAAGAUAAAAAUGUGCCAAAUCCUUUUAAGGAGGAUUUUGGUCCUUUAAUUAAAAAUGAAUCUAGUUGUGCAGCAAAAGAAGAUCACAUUUACAUGGAUGCUAUGGGUUUUGGAAUGGGUUGUUGUUGUUUACAACUUACUUUUCAAGCUUGUAACAUAGAAGAAGCAAGGACAUUAUAUGACCAGUUAACACCUUUAUGUCCAAUAAUGUUGGCUCUAACUGCUGCUAGUCCAUUUUACCGAGGAUAUAUAAGUGACGUUGAUUGUCGAUGGAACGUGAUUUCUUGUUCUGUAGACUGCAGAACGCAAGAGGAACGUGGCUUAAAGCCUUUAAAUGAAAACAAAUUCAGAAUUAGUAAAUCUAGAUAUGAUUCUAUUGAUUCAUAUCUUAGUGAACAAGGAGAAAAAUACAACGAUGUCCCAUUAACAUAUGAUGACGAAGUAUAUAAACAACUUACAGAUAAUGGAAUUGAUAAAUUACUUGCACAACAUAUAGCUCAUUUAUUUAUUAGAGAUACUGUUUCUUUAUUUUCUGAAAAAAUACAUCAGAAUGAUUUGGAGGAUACUGAUCACUUUGAAAACAUACAAUCAACUAACUGGCAAACCAUGCGAUUUAAACCACCACCACCAAAUUCAUCUAUAGGAUGGCGCGUUGAAUUUCGUCCAUGUGAAGUUCAAAUAACAGAUUUUGAAAAUGCUGCAAUAGUUUGCUUUAUUGUUCUUCUUACAAGAGUUAUUUUAAGCUAUAAACUAAAUCUUCUGAUACCAAUUAGCAAAGUUGAUAAAAAUAUGGCUCGAGCACAAAGAAGAAAUGCAGUUAUAGCAGAAAAAUUUUGGUUUCGUCGAGAUAUUACAUCAGACGUAAAAAAACAAGAUGAUGGACAACCAGAGUGUACAGAAUUUACUGUUAAUGAAAUUAUCAAUGGAAAGGAUGGCGUCUUUCCGGGUUUAAUACCCUUAGUAAAUUCGUACUUAGCUAGCAUGGAUGUAGAUGCGGAUACACAUUGUACUGUACAAGCAUAUAUGAAACUAAUACAAAAAAGAGCUUCUGGAGAAUUAUUAACUACUGCUGCAUGGUUAAGGAAGGAAGUUGUUUCACACUCAGAGUACAAAAACGAUUCUGUAAUAACACAACGUAUCAACUAUGACUUACUAAAAAAAGUACAAAAGAUUGUAUCUAAUGAAAUAUCAUGUCCAGAAUUACUUGGAACGUGUAUAUCAUCCAAAACUAAUGAAACUAUACCUGCAGCGGUUGCAAAAGCAGAAAAGGUCCCCAUGUGAAUUAUUGUUAAUGGCAAUGACUUAAUAUGCUUAAAUAGAUAUAGAUAUAAUAUAGAUACACAAUGACUUAAGUAGAUCACAAUUAAUUUAGAUUUAAUUUUUGUUUAUUUUAAUACUUCAGAUCUUGUACAUAUUUAAAAUUUAGAAUCUUAUGUAUUCAUGUGCCCAAUGAUUACAUGUUUUCUAAAAAUAAUAACAUUCCAUAAAAUAAUAUUGUUCUCCGGCAUAUUAAAAAUAUGCGCAUUUGUAAAAAUUUUUGCAAUAGCAGUUUGAUUAUAAGAGGAACAAUUUUAAUAUAAAUAUACAAUGUAAAUUAUGAUGUUCAUACCGUUAAAUAUAAAUAACAACUACUAAAUUACAAUAAAACGCGUGCUAUGUACAUCAAUUUUAGGAAAUAUACAAAUAAGAAAGUUUCCUUUGA